ACCUCCAAUACUCAAAAACCCACCACUCAACUCACUCCACUCCCCCUCUCCCGAUUCCAUCCAUCCAUCUAUCCAUCCAUCCAUCACCCCACUAUCCCCAUAUAUUCCCAUUCCACCCUCCCUACUUUUCUCUCCAUCCCCAACCUCCCCAUGCAUCCAACCAUGAACCACCUCCUCCUCCUCCUCCUCCUCCUCCUCCUUCUCCACUCCUUCACCUUCUCCUCCUCCUCUCCCAUGUCUGACCUCCAAACCCUUCUCGACCUCAAGUCCUCCAUGCUCUCCUCUUCCGGCUCCGGCCUCCACAACUGGCACUCCACAGUCCUUCCCCCUGCCCACUGCUCCUUCUCCGGCGUCACCUGUGACUCUAACUCCAACGUCAUCUCCCUCAACAUCUCCUUCACUCCUCUCCACGGCAUCCUCCCUUCCUCCAUCUCCAACCUCUCCCAUCUCAUCAACCUCACUCUCUCCUCCAACCCUCUCACUGGCCCUCUCCCUCCUUCCCUCUCUCUCCUCCCCUCUCUCCGCCUCCUCAACCUCUCUAACAACAACUUCACCGGCCCUUUCCUUACCUCUCUCCCUCCUCGCCUUGAAAUCCUCGACGUUUACAACAACAACUUCUCCGGCCUCCUCCCUUCGUUUCUCUCAUAUCUUCCCUUUCUUCGCUACCUCCAUCUCGGCGGCAACUACUUCACCGGCGAUAUCCCUGAAGACUUCUGCCGCAUUGCCAAGCUUCAGUAUCUCGGCUUGAAUGGCAACAGCCUAACCGGCAAGAUCCCUCCUUGUCUCAGCCUCUUGUCGGAGCUCCGUCACAUGUACAUCGGCUACUUUAAUCAGUACGAAGGUGGCGUUCCGCCGGAGCUUGGAGAGCUUUCUUUGCUCAUCCGUCUCGACCUUGCCGGCUGCAACCUCUCCGGCCCGAUUCCCCCGUCUCUCGGCCGUCUCAAACAUCUCGACACUCUUUUCCUUCAUAAGAACAAUCUCUCCGGCGAUAUCCCGCCGGAGCUCGGUUCCCUCCCGAGUCUCCAAUCUCUGGAUCUCUCCAACAACGACCUCACCGGAGAAAUCCCUGAUAGCUUCGAGAACCUCACGCAACUCAAGCUUUUGAAUCUAUUUCGAAACCAUCUUCACGGUCGAAUCCCACCGUUCAUCGGAGAGUUUCCGAAUCUCGAGGUACUUCAGGUCUGGGAGAAUAACUUCACCUUCGAGCUCCCUGAUCGCCUUGGCCUCAACGGUCGGUUACUCAACCUCGACGUCACCAUGAACCGCCUCACCGGAACCAUCCCUCCGGGGCUCUGUUCCGGCAGGAAGCUUCAAACCCUAGUUCUAAUGGAGAACUUCUUCUUCGGUCCCAUCCCGUCCCAGCUCGGCGAGUGCAAGUCUCUGACUCACGUUCGUCUCUCCAAGAAUUUCCUUAAUGGAACGAUUCCCGCCGGCUUGUUUGAUCUCCCGAAUGCCGACAUGCUCGAGUUCAGUGACAACUUCCUCUCCGGCGAGAUACCAGCGACCAUCGCCGGCGAUAAGCUGGGAAUGAUCCUCCUUUCCAAUAACAUGAUCUCCGGCCCGAUUCCAUCCUCCAUCAGGAAUCUCCCUGCCCUCCAGGCCUUAUCCCUCGAUGCCAACCGGAUCACCGGCGGGAUUCCACCGGAGAUCGGCGAUUUACAGCAGCUUUCAAAGCUAAACCUGAGCGGAAACGAUCUCUCCGGCGAGAUCCCUCCAAAUCUCGCCCGAUGCUCUUACCUAGCCUCCAUCGAUCUCAGCCGCAACAAUCUCGUCGGCGAGAUCCCAUCGGAGGUCAGCUCUCUAAAGAUCCUCAGCGUUCUGAAUCUCUCCAGAAACCAGCUCUCCGGCGAGGUCCCGCCGGAGUUCCAGAAGAUGCAGAGCUUGACCACCCUCGACCUCUCCUUCAAUCACUUCUCCGGCGAGAUCCCGGCCGCCGGCCAGUACCUCCUGUUCAACGAGAGCUCCUUCGACGGCAACCCAGGCCUCUGCGGCGGCCCGCUCCGUACAACCCCAUGUGACCCGAAUCUUAACGCAGCCGGAUCCAAAAGAAAGCGAUCCGGACCGUUCGAUACAUCACAUCUCAUCAUCAUCUGUUCCUUCUUGUUCACGUUAAUGAUAACAGUCGCCGCCGUGAAGGCGUAUAACGUUUGGAACGAAAAGAGGAAAGCUUCAACAGGGUGGAAACUAACGGCGUUUCAAAGGCUUGACUUGACGGUGGAUGACGUCAUGGAGUGUUUAAAAGAGGAUAACGUCAUCGGUAAAGGUGGCGCGGGAAUAGUGUACCGUGGGAGCAUGAGAUCAGGGACGGAGAUGGCGAUCAAACGGUUGGUAGGUCGAGGGUGUGGCGGUGAGCAUGAUCGAGGGUUCACCGCGGAGGUGACGACACUGGGACGAAUACGGCACCGUAACAUAGUGAGGCUCCUAGGUUUCGUUUCAAGCCGAGACGCGAACUUGCUGCUCUACGAGUACAUGCCGAACGGGAGCUUGGGCGAGAUGCUGCACAGCGCGAAGGGGGCGCAUCUCGGGUGGGAAGCGCGGUACCGGAUAGCCGGAGAGGCGGCGCGAGGGCUGUGUUAUUUGCACCACGAUUGCUCGCCGUUGAUCAUACAUAGGGAUGUGAAAUCAAACAACAUCUUGCUGGAUUCGAACCUUGAGGCACACGUGGCGGAUUUUGGGCUGGCGAAGUUCUUCAGAGACACUGGUGCGUCUGAAUGCAUGUCGUCUAUUGCCGGCUCUUAUGGUUACAUCGCGCCAGAGUAUGCAUACACUUUGCGAGUGGAUGAGAAGAGUGAUGUAUAUAGCUUUGGAGUCGUACUUCUUGAGCUGAUAACAGGUAGGCGACCGGUUGGGGGAUUCGGGGAUGGUGUGGACAUUGUCCAGUGGGUUCAUAAGAUGACAGGAGACCCACCGGAGGUCAACAAUCCUGCAGCGGUGCUUGCCAUUGUCGACCGGAGGCUUGCACAUAACCCUUUGGACAAGAUCAUGAACCUGUUUAAGGUGGCUAUGUUAUGUGUGGAGGAGAAAAGUGUGGUUAGACCCACAAUGAGGGAGCUGGUCCAUAUGCUUGAUAACCCUACUACUACUAUUCCAUCACUAGCAUCCCCUGAUCUCCUUGUCAUUUGAUGGUGAAGAUGAAUGAUUUUGCUGCUAGCCUGUAGUGGUAAUAAUAAAGGUGAAGAAUGAAUGCCUUCAUAGCUGGACCAUGAUGAUGGUGUAUUAUGUAUUUUUUAGUCUGCUAUGUAUGUGUGGUCUUUUGAUUAAGCUGUAUAUAAUUUGUACUCGAGUGCUGGUAAUGUAUAUCUAAUAUUGCACCUGGGUUGUCCUAUGCUUUUCAUUUUAGGCUGGUGCUACCCUUGUCCAAAUCCAAUGACUGCUUUUGAUGAA